GAGAGAAGCCUAUUUAGCUAUAGGCGAGUUCUGCUCUGCUGCGCUGCUUUACAUGGAAUAACUAGUUUCAGCUUCUAAUGAAUUUCUCUCUCAUAUUUAUGAUAUUUCCCCUUCAUAUUGAUGAUGGCAGAUGCCUCAGUUAUUGAAGAACUGAUUCAGUUCCUAUCAGUGACAACUAGACCCGAUGUCAGGGACACGGCACUCGCGCAUGUGACUGGUACGACUGCAAGCAAAGAGGGGCGACUCACCAUCGGGACACAGCUCUUGCCCGUAGCCGAAACUGUGGGGGAGCUUAUCUGUUCGGAUGCUGUGCACGAAUCCCACCAAGAGCAGGCUUAUCAUAUUGUGGUCAAUUUGUCAUCGGAAGAUAGCUUUGCAGAAAAACUUGCCCUUGAUCUGUCGUACAUAUCCCAUUUGCUGCAGACGAUCAUCAAUCCUUCGAGUCCUUUUGCCAAGCAAGCUUGCAUGAUUCUUAGCAACUUAACUCGAAACAGAGCUGGAGCAGAACGGGUCUUAAAAAUUCUUCAACAUGAUGAUGAUGAAAGUUCUGCUGUUGGAAUGAACAAACUUGUGGAAGCGUUUUGUAAAGAAGGUUACAAUAAGAAGAACUCGAGUCUUGACUAUGUUGGACCUUUAUUAGCCAACCUAACUCAGCUUACCGAAGCAAGAGAAUAUAUCUUAAACAGAGAGCGAUGCAUUGUACAGAGGUUACUUCCAUUUACUCAGUAUAAAUUAUCAAUGGCCAGGAGAAGAGGAGUAGCAACAGCAUUGAGGAACUGCUGUUUUGAAACUGCAUCUCAUGAAUGGUUGUUAGGAGAUGAUGUGGAUAUCUUGCCCCAUCUCUUGCUACCAUUAGCUGGUCCUGAAGAGCUGAGUGAGGAGGAUAUGGAAGGAUUACCAGAUGAUCUUCAGUAUCUUGAGGAGACAAAGAAGAGGGAGGAUGAUCCUGAUAUUCGUGCUAUGCUCUUGGAAGCAAUUUAUCAACUCUGUGCCUCAAAGGAGGGUCGGCGGAUCGUGAAGGAAAAAAGGACAUAUGUGAUCCUGAGGGAGUAUCAUCAGUGGGAGAAGGAUGAGAAAGUUGAGAGUCUGUGUCAUCAGGUGAUUGAUGUCCUCAUCAUGGAUGAACCGCUACCAGGAAUGGAGAAUCUUAGGGAUGUGGAGAUACCGGAGGAGAUCAAAGUAAAACUAGAUCAAAAGAAGGAGGUCGAGGACCAGCAGAAAGAUUAACAUUUGAUUUUUUAACUUAGGGUGGCAUUAGUUUUUAAUUAUUUAUAGUCUGUGUCAUAUGUUCAGAUGUGUCUUUUGAUAAAGGAUUAAAGAUCUAAGCAAAUGAGGAUUAUGAAAGGAAUGAAUUUGUUAAUAAGAUGCCAGGUGGGUGUUUCAUAAAGCUGUUCGUAAGUUAAGAGCGACUUUAAGAACGACUGGUGAUCCUUUCUUGUGGUAAAUGGUAUAUUGAAUUGAUGAUGGUUUAGCGUGUAAGAAGGGUUCACCAGUUGUUCUUAAAGUUGCUCUUAACUUACGAACAGCUUUAUGAAAUGGCCCCCAGGGAUUAUAAUUUGAUGAAGGGGAAGUUCACCAGAACAAAAAGCUUUUUUAAUGAAUGAAAAAAAAAAAUAAAGAGAAACAUAUUAACAAAGGUUUCAAGAGAAUCCAUCAUACUUAAAUAAAGUUUUUAGAUUUUAGAUUUUGUGAGGUCACUUGAAGGCAGGUGCCCCAUAUUCAUGUAUACAUUCCAUAUAUUUACAUUUUUUAAUGAUUGAUAACAGAAUAUUCAUCUCAUUGAAGCACAUGUGAUAUAAUGUAUGAUGAUAUUGAAUGCACAAGUAUAUAAUUUCUUUUUUAAGGAUUUUAUGGAAUCAAUAUCAUAGCAAAGAACUGCUAAUGAAAUUAUAAUUCAAAAGCUCAUAACUUUCCUCAGUGGAUUUUCACUAAAUCAUCAUUAAUGUAAUUCUGUUUUCUAAAUUACUGCUAUAAACAACUUGAUUUCAGCAUGUUCACUGUAUGGAUGCUACACAUAGAAUGAAUACAUUCUCAAAUUCUUAUGUUUAUGGGAUACUGAAUGUUCAGAUCAUGAUCUAAGAUCGAAGAUUACCUUAAGUUGAUGUAAUUUUUCCCUCUUGAAUAAUGCAAUGUUUCUCAGUUGCAUGGCCAAGUCCUCUCUUGUUUGUACUCUCUUCUUUCCUUUCUACCCAAUUUUUAAUCAAAUUUCCCUCCCUUUUUUUUUCUUCAUGACUUAAAAAAUCAUGGGGGGGGGGGGGGGGUUCUACCCACUGUCCCCUCCUGGUAGCAACGUCCUUGGUACACUCCUUGUAGCAAAGUUGUUUUUCUGAAAUCAGUAGCUGACAUGUCUGAAUUCUGUUCAUUUCUAGAUAUCUUCAUAUUUUAACAUAUCUGUCUCACAACCUUUAUUCAGAAUAAUGUAUGUUAUUCAAAAUUAUGUUAUUGUAUCAAUGUGAUUGUUCAGAUUACAAAUCCUAUGUUUACACUUAUGAAUUGUUCAAAUCCAUUUGAGCUAGAUCAAAUAAUCUUCUAGCAAUAAUUGUAUGCUGUAAUCUCUCUUUUAUUUAAAAGAAAUACAAAUUAUGUAAUAAAAUUACGGAAAUGCUGUCAUAUGAUUAUUGUUUCCCAUGUUAUAAUAAUACUUCUUAUAUACCAUUGCCUAUUAGCUCAAUUUGAGGAAUAUCUUCUACCUAUAUCUAUUAAAUUUAUUUGGAAAUGAAAUGGUAAAAUUGGUAUGACCAGAAAAUAGAGAAGAAAAUAAAGCAGAAAGUGGCAAUUUUUUUU